AUGUACAGGGCGCGGCUAGGGCCGAGCCUGGUCUUUACCAAAGAUCACAAGUAUUACUUUACUCGGGAAAUACGAAUGUACCGACCGUCGCCUCCACCCGCCCCGCCAAACCCGUACAAGGCGCCUCUUCUUCCACGCGUAAAUUGUUCGUCGCACCUUCCACCGAAAGGAUAUCUCGUAUACCUGUAUGGGCACGUCCACCCACCGCCGCCUUUACCCAAAAAACAAACGGAAAGUGGGGAUGGAGAGGGAGUGCAGAGUGGUGGGAGGAAGAACGUUUCCCCCGACGGCCUCACAUGGAGCGAACACCGUGCCAAGCUCAAAGAGAAAUACCCAGAACCCUGGAACCCCUCUAAAAAAGUCUCGCGCGAGGCCAUGGACGCCAUUCGCGAGUUGUACAAGGCUGAUCCUGACAACCUUCUGAUUGUGCGAGGUGCGGAGGAACCGUUCGCGGCUGCCCGUCAAGGGAGCUACAAG